GAUGUAAUAAAUAGAUGAAAAUUAACAUAAGCCAAGUGUUAGGAUUGCCCUGGCUGGAAAUACAAAAUGUGGUAAAACAACUUUAUUAGGAGUACUAACAAAAGGAAUGUGUGAUGAUGGAUAAGGUUCACUAAGAAACAUUAUGGUUAAUUAUGCUCAUGAAAUAAAAAAAGGAGGGUAAACAGAAUCUAUAGUGUUUGAAUUGAUAGGAUUUGAUAAAGAUGGUAAGUAGAUUUUAUCAAAUGAAUAACCAACAAAUAAAAGCUAAUAUUAAAGUCAAGUAUUUUAAUAAUCAAAUUCUUAUUUAUACUUAAUUGAUCUUUGUGGAGAUAAUAAAUAUUUUAAGCAUUCAAUAUCAGCUAUUAAUAAGUGUUUAUUUAAUCUUAUUAUUAUUGUAAUAGCAGUUGAUGAAGGUAUUACUAGAAUUACAGUAGAGUGUUUAUUAAUUUGUCAAUUAUAUAAAAUACCUUUUAUUAUUGUUUUAACAAAAUGUGAUCUACUUAAGAAUAAAGAAGAUAAAGAUAAAAUUAUAUUUAAAAUUCAUAAUUAAGUCAGCAAUAAUUUUUUGUAUAGAAAAUUAGUUAUUGCAAAAGAUCCUAAAGAAUGUGCUAAUUUAAUGAAUUAAAGACUCAAAAAAUACGAAAAUUAGAAAGGAUUAAUAUGUCCACUUUUUGAAGUAAAUAAUAUUAAUAGGGAAGGAAUUGAUUCUCUCUUAUAAUUUUUAUUUCAUUUUAAAAAUUAAGAUCAUCUUUAUUAAGAAAUAAAAUCACCUGAUCAACCAUUUUAAAUGGAUGUAUUUUAUACAUGCAAUGUCAAAAAUAUUGGUGAAAUUCCAUUUGGAUUAAUAAAAUCUGGAACUGUUAAAUUAGAUUAAAUAGUCUCUGUUGGAUUGGAUGAAAAUAAAUAAAUACAAUGUGCAAAAGUAAUUUCUAUUUAAAAUGUCAGAACUUCUCUUACAUAAGCAAGAUCAGGAGAAAUAAUUUGUUUAAUAUUAUAGCCUAUAAUUUAAUAAUAAAUAAUUGACUUUACUAAAAUUAAAAUUAUAGCUGAUCCUAAAAUCAACAUUCCUUAUGUGAAAUCAUUUUGGGCAAAUAUUAGUAUAUUACCUGGUCCAACAACUGUAACAAUAGGAUUUAAACCAAUAUUGGAACUCUCUAAUAUUACAUAAUAAGUAAAUUUAUAAGAAAUUAUUGGAGAUGCAUAAUUUCUUAAAAGUGGAGAUUGUGCAUUGAUAAAACUUUAAUUUUUAGAUGAUGCUUAUCAACCUGUUUAUGAAAAUUAAUAAUUUAUACUUAGAAGUAGUCACUCUAUAGCUUAUGGAUAAGUAGUUAAUGUUUCAUAAUAAGAUUUAAUAAAUGAUGAAUAAUGA